AUGGCCCUGUGGACGCGCCUCCUGCCCCUGCUCGCCCUGCUGGCCCUCUGGGCGCCCGCCCCCGCCCAGGCCUUCAAUCACGAGCACCUGUGUGGCGAGGAUUUGGUGGAUAUCAUGACCAUAAUAUGUGGAGAUCAGGGCUUCAAAAAUCCCAAGGCCGCCCGGGAGCUGCCCGACCCGCAGGAGGGGGAGGUGGACAUGGGCGCAGGUGGCCCAAAGGCCCUCACCGUGGAGGAGCUCCUGCAGAACACUGACAUCGUGGAGGUGUGCUGCACCAACAUCUGCUCCUUCUAUGAUAUGGAGACCUACUGCAACUAG